AUGGAGGGGCCGAGCGGGUCCAGCUUCGGGAUAGACACGAUCCUGUCGGGCGGCAGCACCGGCAGCCCCGGAGUCAUGAACGGAGACUUUCGCCCUCACGGCGACGGCCGGCCGGCGGAUUUUAGGAGCCAGGCCACGCCGUCCCCCUGCUCGGAGAUCGACACGGUGGGGACGGCGCCCUCGUCGCCCAUCUCGGUGAGCAUGGAGCACCCCGAGCCGCACCUGGGGGUGGCGGAGAGCCUCCCUCCGCCGCCGCCGCAUCACCUCCACCUCGGCCCGCACCCGCCGCCGCCGCCGCCGAGUUUGCAGCCGUCUCCCCCACAACCGCCACCGCCCCAGCUGGGCUCGGCCAGCUCCGGCCCCAGGACUUCCACCUCUUCUUUUUUAAUUAAGGACAUUUUGGGAGACAGCAAACCGCUGGCGGCGUGUGCACCUUACAGUACCAGCGUCCCCUCUCCCCAUCACACCCCCAAACAGGAGGGCAGCGCGGCCCCGGAGAGCUUCAGGCCCAAACUCGAGCAGGAAGACGGCAAAGCCAAGCUCGACAAGCGCGACGACACGCAGGGCGACAUCAAAUGCCACGGGACAAAGGAGGAGGGCGACCGGGAGAUCAGCAGCAGCCGGGACAGCCCGCCGGUGCGGGCCAAGAAGCCGCGGAAGGCGCGGACCGCCUUCUCCGACCAUCAGCUCAACCAGCUGGAGCGCAGCUUCGAGCGGCAGAAGUACCUGAGCGUGCAGGACCGCAUGGACCUGGCCGCCGCCCUCAACCUCACCGACACGCAGGUGAAAACCUGGUACCAGAACAGGAGGACGAAGUGGAAGCGGCAGACGGCGGUGGGCCUGGAGUUACUGGCUGAGGCCGGGAACUACUCGGCCCUGCAGAGGAUGUUCCCCUCGCCCUAUUUCUACCACCCCAGCCUGCUGGGCAGCAUGGACAGCACGACGGCGGCCGCGGCGGCCGCGGCCAUGUACAGCAGCAUGUACCGGACUCCUCCUGCGCCGCACCCCCAGCUCCAGCGGCCGCUGGUGCCGCGGGUGCUGAUCCACGGGCUGGGGCCCGGCGGGCAGCCGGCCCUCAAUCCUCUGGCUAACCCUAUGCCCGGCACCCCGCACCCCCGGUGAAGCGGCACCGCGGUCCCCGCAACGAGCCCUUCCCCUCCCCGUCCCCAAACAAGCCCCAGCACCGCAGAGGAAGAAGCGAGGGGAAGCCGAGGGGCAGGAGCUUCUGCAGGCAGCCACCGGCCACCGAGGGAGGCGAUCAGUCAGAGCCAGGGACUCUUGAACCGUGAACCCAGAGC